GAACUUUCGCCACGCCGUCCGAGAUCCAAAUCUCCGAGAACGGGCCAAAAAUGUGAAUGACGUCAUCAGUAUUUGGGUAUCAGAUUGCGAUCCCGAAACCGGAUGCCGUGAAUCAGGCGAUAUAUCUCGAGUGGCUUUUCCGGGAACGGCUGCGCGGCUAUCAAAAAUUAUUCAAAUGGCAAACCUGUGGGAUACUCUCGCGGAGAUGAGGUUUGAACCUGGCAGUGGUGAUGAGGAAACUGGUCCCGGACCCAAUGAUGGCGGCAGUGGGGAUGCACCACCAAAAAACCCCAAAAGUACAGGCAAGGCAGGGGCCAAGACGAUAAGGUAUAACCCGUCCUUCGAUGUUACACUUCUGCGAGAAAUCAGAGCUCGAAACCCAUACGAAGAUGCAGAUAGAUGGGCAGUAAUAACCCAGAACUUCAAUUCUGCUAUGUUGAAGAUAAAGCCCGGAGCUGUUCCGGUUAAUGACCGAUCGGUGAAGGAGAGGGUAGACCGAUUAAUUAACGCAUUCAAAACACAGCAGAUGGCUGCACUAAGAAAAUCUGGCACUGCUGAGGAAUAUGAAGAGCGGGAAAUCCUCCUUCAAGAGAUCCUCACCAUGAAGUCUGAUUCCCAUGAAAGAAAGAAGACCGCAUCAACCAGUUCAAACAAAAACGACAAGAGAUUGAUUGAAGCGGGGACUGAAAUAAGGAAACGCGCGAUGGAAACCCUGAUUGGUGAUAAAGAUGAAAACAAGGCUCCUUCCAACACCCCAAGAAAGAAAAAGAAAGAGGUGAUGACUGACUACACUAAAAUGAAACAGGAGGAAAUUAACCUAAAAAAUGAAGAACUGGCAUUCAAACGGGAACAAUUUGAACUUGAAAAAGAGGAGAGGCGCCAUAGAAUGGAAUUAGAAAAGACAAAAGAACAACAGUUUUCAGCAAUAUUUCAACAAUUUAUUGAGAGUCAACAACUCAAGAAAUAGACUUUGAAAUUAUCAGUACGUCUACUGUAGAAUCCCCUCUGUCUCGACACUUCUGUGGUGACUUGAAUAAAUGAAUGAAUGGUUUUCCCCCGUGUUUUCCUAGCAUAUUUUUGGGGGGGGUAUUCCCAUUGUUUCUCUACGCACAAAAUGAAAUAUAUCGAUGUUUAAAACCGGCUUCUGUGAGGUGUUUGAGAAACAAGGGUCAAGAUUGGAAGUGUCGAGACAGAGAGGAUUUUACAGUAUGUUAUUCAUGUCAAAGUAUUGUGUGCGAGUUAAGUUAGUAUUUGAUUGUUUUUUAAAAGAUGUUGCAAUGUUACAGAGUUUAUUGAUAUAGAAAUAAAUGUUGGUUAUUUUGA